CCAAAAUUAAGGGGAAAAGAAAGAAGCCAGCCACAUAAAUCUGACCAAGAACACAAGCAUCUUAAUUUGAAUCUACAAAGCUUUGGAUAAUGAAAAGAAAUACAUAAUUUUAAUUCAACCCAAGUGUUUUCCAAGCAGAUUAUAUUUGCUUAAAUUGCUACAGUAAUUCAAAGGACAGCCCUGUCUGGACACACAGUUACUGUGGAUUUUUAAGAGACUCGGUUAAAGAAUUUAGGAAUUUCUGAUUCACUUACUGGAUUUGCAAAUUCAUCAACCCCUGAAAACUAAAGCAAACUCAACAGGACAAAAACACAACAUGGGCUUUUUAAGUCCAGUAUGUGUCAUUUUCUUCUUUCUUGGAGUCAAAGUAUAUUGCCAAUAUGAAAGUUAUCAAUGGGAUGAAGAUUAUGACCAAGAGCCAGAUGAAGUCUACCAACCAGAAUUCCAAUUUCGUCAAAAUGUAGACUACAGAGUGCCUUUUCAUCGGCAUACUUUAGGCUGUGCCAGUGAAUGCUUCUGUCCACCUAACUUUCCAUCAUCAAUGUACUGUGAUAAUCGCAAACUCAAGUCUAUCCCAAAUAUUCCAGCACACAUUCAGCAAGUCUAUCUUCAGUUCAAUGAAAUUGAGGCUGUGACCGCAGAUUCACUCAUCAAUGCAACCCAACUUAAGGAAAUCAAUCUCAGCCACAACAAAAUUAAAUCCCAAAAGAUUGAUCAUGGUGUAUUUGCUAAGUUGUCAAAUCUACUACAACUUCACCUACAGCAUAACAAUUUAGAUGAAUUUCCAUUUCCUCUUCCUAGGUCUUUGGAAAGACUUCUUCUUGGUUAUAAUGAGAUCUCCAGACUGCAGACAAAUGCCAUGGAUGGGCUAGUAAACUUGACUAUGCUUGAUCUCUGUCAUAAUCAUGUUGAUGAUUCUAUGUUACAAGAAAGAAUCCUUGCCAAAAUGGAAAAAUUAAUGCAACUCAACCUAUGUAAUAACAGAUUAGAAUCAAUGCCUCUUGGUUUGCCUUCUUCACUUAUGUAUCUGUCCUUAGAAAAUAAUUCAAUUUCUUCUAUACCAGAAAAUUACUUCAAAGGACUUCCAAAACUCCAUGCUCUAAGAAUGUCACACAACAAACUACAAGACAUCUCAUAUAAUAUUUUUAAUCUUUCCAGCCUCAUAGAGCUCAAUGUUGGACACAACAAACUGAAGCAAGCAUUCUAUAUUCCAAGAAAUUUAGAACACCUAUACCUAGAAAAUAAUGAAAUUGAAAAUAUCAAUCUUACAGUGAUGUGUCCAUCUGUUGAUCCACUACAUUACCAUCAUUUAACAUACAUCCGUGUGGACCAAAAUAAGCUAAAAGAGCCAAUAAACUCAUACAUUUUCCUCUGCUUCCCUCAUAUACAUAGUAUUUAUUAUGGUGAACAAAGAAGCACUAAUGGUCCAACAAUACAACUGAAGACUCAAGUUUUCAGGAGAUUUCAAGAUGAUGCUGAUAGUGAAGAUGAUGAUGAUUCUCAUGAAGGCCCAGAACAAGAAGGAACAGAAGAAAACACUGACCCUCACUAUUAUGGAAGUCAAGAAUGGCAAGAAAUGAUAUAGGUAUACAUUUAUGAAUUCACAAAAUAUUAUUCAAUAUAAAUUUAACUAAUCAUGCAUAGCUCACAGUAAUAUAUCUAGAAUUUUGUAUUAGUAUAAGAUCAGAUUGAAUAUAAGUUGUUGGUAAUAUCUGCAUCAUCACAUAGGAUUAAAACUUAGUCAAAUGAUACCAGUCUUUAAAAAUAGAAUAAGUGGGAAUAAAAAACUAAACUAUAAACAAAAAUAUUAUCAUGUUGAGAAGAAAAAGUGAGUAUGCCAUUUCUAUUAACAGUUAUUUUUCUGAGAAUGAUGAAAGUAGCAGCAUUAGAAGCUAAGAACUGUAAGCCAUGUGCUUUAAUCACCAUGAGGACAGAGUUUAAAUGCCACGAGGUUACGCUAAUGUAACAGGCAGCCAUUCAUUUAAGGAGUAAAUUAUUUUCUUUGACUUGAUCUCCAGAAAAGCUUUCACACUUGUAUUUGAGAUGUCAUCACCACGACAUCCACCCCCUGGCCCUACCACUUAGAUCGAUGGAUGAUAUUUUUGAUUUUUAAAAGAGGCCAGCCUAUUUAAGGGAUCCAAAGCACGUAGAUUCAUAAAAUCAACUAGUCUUGUUUUUCUCUCAGAGCAACAAGGCAUAAAAUUUUAAACCCUGUAUCUGAAUAACUAAAAAAUACCAAGUUAUCUCAUCACAAUCCGUAUUCCAGCAAAUUUCAGCAGCUGUCCAAAAUAGUCUUUUAUGUGUUCCAUUUUAACUGGGAUAAACGUUUUUAUAGUAAAUUCACUAGAGAAAGGUUGCUUUGUUUUAGUUACAUAAACUUUUGCUAAUAAGUGCUUUGUUCACAAGGUUAAGUUAACGUUAGCCUAAGAAAGUCUAUCAACAUUACUAAACACUUCUAUUUCUUAGCACAAUAUAUUAAAAACAUAUAUGUAUCAGCCAAUGUUUGUUUACAUAGUGCUAAAGUUGAAUAAAGUUCCUUUAAAACGUGACAACAGA